UCAUCAACACGCGACCAAACCUGGAGCGAGAGGUGGGAGAUUCGAAGUAGCAAAACAAGCAACAGUAAUUUCAUAUUUCAUUAAACAAAUGCCAUCUACGAUUAGUUAAAAACGAAAACGGAAAACCACGACAUCGGAGUAAGCAUGGCGACCCCCAGUAAGACCCCGCCAGGUUCUGACCCCAAGCAGCUGGAGAGGACCGGGACGGUCCGGGAGAUCGGCUCUCAGGCGGUGUGGUCUCUGUCUUCCUGUAAACCAGGUUUUGGUGUGGACCAGCUGAGAGAUGAUAACUUGGAGACAUACUGGCAGUCUGAUGGAUCCCAGCCACACCUAGUCAACAUCCAGUUUAGGAGAAAGACCACAGUGAAGAUGUUGUGUAUGUAUGCAGACUACAAGUCAGACGAGAGCUACACCCCCAGUAAGAUCUCUGUCAGAGUAGGAAACAACUUUCACAACCUGCAGGAGAUCAGACAGUUAGAGAUGGUAGAGCCUAGCGGUUGGAUCCACAUCCCCCUUCUAGACACAGUCAACAACCCCAUCAGGACGUUCAUGAUCCAGAUCGCUGUGUUAGCCAACCACCAGAACGGCAGAGACACUCACAUGAGACAGAUCAAAGUGUAUACCCCCGUGGAGGAGAGCUCCAUCGGCAAGUUCCCAAGAUGCACCACGGUCGACUUCAUGAUGUACCGCACCAUCAGAUGACACUGAGGGUUCCGGGUGGAACCUCCUCAGGGUUCCGAAUAGAACUUUCCAGAGUUCCGGGUGGAACCUUUAAGUGUACAUUGUUGACAAAUAAGGGAAUUGGAAUGCGAAGUUUUUUUAAAAAGUGAAAUAUAUUAUUCUAAUUUUCAAGUUAACCUGAAAUCCUUUCCAUUUAAGAUUACAUGGAGCCACUCAACGUAUUACGGUCUCUGUCUGCAUCCCAAAUGGCACCUAUUCCCUAUAUAGUGGUACUACUAUAGACCAGAGCCCUAUUCCCUAUAUAGUAGACUACUUUAGACCAGAGCCCUAUUCCCUAUAUAGUAGACUACUUUAUA